GAGUAAUUAUUUGUGGGUGGAAGUCUGAAACCCAUCUUCAAAUAUUUCUUCUCAUGGUUAUUAUUAAUACUCGAAUUUCAGAGGAGACGCCACUAAACCCACACACUUCUCUCUCCCAAAUUCACUGCAAUCCAAUGACGAACGAGUCCAAUUUCUCUUCUGUGGUUCGCCUCAACAUCGGAGGGAAAAAAUUUUGCACCACGGUUGAUACUUUGACGCAGCGAGAACCUGAUUCAAUGCUUGCCGCUAUGUUCAGUGGUAGGCAUACAGUGUGCGAGGACCCUGAGAAGGGAUGUGUCUUUGUGGAUAGGGACGGAAAACAUUUUAGGCAUAUUCUGAAUUGGUUAAGGGAUGGUGUGGUUCCUAAACUUAAUGAUGCUGAAUAUUCAGAGCUUAUGAGGGAGGCAGAAUUCUAUCAGCUACUUGGGCUCAUUGAGGGGAUUAAUUCUGUCCUAAACAAGAGAAAGGAAGUUGAUGAACUAGAUAGUGAAUUGACACGAACAGAUAUCAUCAAGUGUAUACAAUCUGAGAGAGUCCGAUUUCGAGGGGUUAAUCUUUCUGGCCUUGAUCUCUCGAAGCUGGACCUUUCAUUUGUUGAUUUUAGCUUUGCAUGUCUUAAAAAUGUGUUCUUCUCACGUGCCAACCUUCAGUGUGCAAAAUUUCGGGAUGUUGAUGCUGAGGGUUCCAUAUUUCACAAUGCAACCCUGAGAGAAUGCGAAUUUACUGGUGCAAAUCUUCGUGGAGCUUUAUUAGCUGGUGCAAAUCUUCAGAGCGCAAACCUACAAGAUGCUUGUCUGGUAGAUUGCAGUUUCUGUGGAGCAGAUCUGCGCUCUGCACACUUACAGACUGCAGAUCUUGCUAAUGCCAAUCUGGAAGGAGCUAAUCUGGAAGGGGCCAAUCUAAAGGGUGCAAAGUUGAAUAAUGCCAAUUUGAAGGGUGCAAAUCUUCAGCGGGCUUAUCUACGACAAGUCAAUCUUCAGAACACACAUUUGGAAAAUACAAGGCUUGAUGGCGCCAAUUUGCUCGGGGCAAUUCGAUGAGUUUGAGCAAAUGUGAUAUGCAAGCAUGAGGAAAAUAAUACUGUUAGUGCAAAUUGUGGACGAAUUGACCGAAUCAGUUUGAAGAACUCAUUUGUACGUGACUUGUAUAUAGAUGUUUCACAAAAGAAUAAAAUUAGUUAUUAGUUUUGUAAGAUUUUCUAGCAUUAUUGUAUGAUCUUUUGGUUCAUGUUCUUGUCACGUGUUGCAUGUUACUUGUGACGGCGAAAACUUAUUAAUGGCUGGCCUUGUAGAGCUAUGAUAAUCCCUGGGCUGACCCGGUGCUAUAAUUUGAUUGGCAUUCUUGGUGUGCAA